UGGCACUUUUGACCGAGAAGGAAGGGAGGGGCGACUACUUCCUGAAUCACUUGCAAAGCCCAAGGCGACCGCGCGGGGAGCUUGGCCGGUGCUGCGCCGCGAUGUCGGGGGGAUCUGCCAGGAGUCUGGCGAAGGGAAGCGAGCCCCCAGGGCCGGUCCCAGAAGGCGUGAUCCGCGUCUACAGCAUGAGGUUCUGUCCAUUUGCUGAGAGGACGCGUCUGGUCUUGGAGGCCAAGAGAAUCCGGCAUGAAGUCAUCAACAUCAACCUGAAAAAUAAACCUGAGUGGUUCUUUAAAAAGAAUCCCUUUGGUCUGGUGCCAGUUCUGGAAAACAGUCAGGGUCAACUGGUCUAUGAAUCUGCCAUUACUUGUGAGUACCUGGAUGAAGCAUAUCCAGGCAGGAAGCUAUUGCCAGAUGACCCUUACGAGAAAGCUCGCCAAAAGAUGAUCUUUGAGUUAUUCUCUAAGGUGCCAUCUUUGCUAACAAGCUUUAUAAGAAGGCAAAAUAAGAAAGAUUGCUCUGAUCUAAAAGAAGAAUUUUGUAAAGAAUUCAGCAAGCUGGAGGAGGUUCUGAAUACUAAGAAGACAUCCUUCUUUGGGGGCAGUUCCCCUUCUAUGGUUGAUUACCUCAUGUGGCCCUGGUUUGAACGGCUGGAAGUACUGGAGUUAAAUGAUUACGUGGACCACACUCCAAAACUGAAGCUCUGGAUGGCGGCCAUGAAAAAAGAUCCCACAGUAUCGGCCCUCCUCAUUGAUGCGAAGACCUUUAAUGGUUUCCUAGAUCUCUACUUACAGAAUAGCCCUGAGGCCUGUGACUACGGGCUCUGAAGUGGGCCAGUCAGUAAUGACACUGGCUGAUACUGUCCUUCACUGAUAUAACAUGAUUUUCAUUGCUCUCGCA